UAUAGAGUUUCUUGUCUUUAGUAGUGUCAUGGCUUUUCGUAAUGAUGCAUUAAUUGUAGCAAUCAUCAAGGCAUCUUCAAAUUUAAGACAUCUAGAGAUUGGUAGUAAUGAUAUUGGUGAUGAGGUUACUGAAGCGCUGGCCCAUACAUGUUAUAAAUUAGAAUAUCUCGAUCUAAGUUGCUGUUCAUUUGUUAGCGAAUCAUCAAUUUGUAAUGUUAUUCAUUCCUGCCCGAAACUCCAGCAUUUUAACCUCAGCUUUUGUGAAAUUUCUAAUAUAACUAUCAAAGAAAUUGCUCAUUCAUGUCUCAAAAAUUUUGAUGAAGAUUACUACUGUUCUGAUUCAGAGUUUUCUAGCUCUGAAACCGAAUCAAAGUCCAAAUUAUCUAAUUUUGAGUCAGAGGAUGAAGUUAUCUAUUAUAAUAAUCUUUCUUCUCUGAUGAUUAUGGACUCACCCGAUAGCCUGAAUGAUUUUAUUAGCAUAUUUAGUGAUUUUCUUAAACAGAAUGAUGGUGCUAAUAAUAAUUUUAUUUCUGUAUUUCUCAAUCAGGAAUUAGCACAAUGCUCUUUGGCCGAGCAAUAG